AUGUCAAAAAGCAAUCCAGAAUCCUUGCCACCAGCCUACACCGAUGAGACCUUGCGUGAACCUGAGACAUCAGCAGCAGCUGAUCCCCCACAAUACUCGCGACGUACAGCAUCCCAAGAAGCAGCCAAUCUUAAAGCACUCAAGGAAUGGGCAGAGAGACGUGACAUGAUAGUCCCUGGCGCCUACAUGGAAACUUUCAACAUCGGAGGCAAGAAAGUAGUCAAUGGCCAACUCGUCGAGCAAACAUCAACUACAUCGCAUCCUACGACUUCUCACCAUCAGUUUCCUACAGCAGCAGAAGAGAAGGAGAAGCUUGGUCAGCAAGGCGAUAAUCACCCUGCAGUUAAUUCUGGAGAAGCAGGUCCAUCCAAUUUAGAUGAUCACAGCAGCCGAGGAUUCGGAAGACGUGUCUCAGAAUUCUUGAAGAGGAUCAGUCCAGCAGAACGAGCACAGCAAAGAGGGAUGGCUAUGAAUGCGGAAGAAGACGCAGCCGACGCGAAGAAGUAUCCGAUGUCUGAGGGAACGUACGGCUGGGAAGAUUAUGAUCCAAACAAGUCGCGUGAAUGA